CAAUGCCAACUAUUAACUGAAUAGCUGCUCAAAUAGCACGUGUUUCUAUUAUAAGACAACAAAUAAAAUGGGUGUUAUACAAAGAAUAAAAAAACCCACAACCCGUAAGGGUAAAAAAGUUCUAUUGUCCAGGGAACCGAAACCAAUCGAAGGUCCUAAGCAAAGCAUAUUCCUUCAAGCUCGCAAUCCAUCUGAGAGAGCUAGAAAAGUUUUGAAAGACCUCUAUGAUUUAAAGAAGCCAGAUGCAGCAUACUUAAGCAGAAAAAAUGAUUUUGUACCAUUUGAAGACGCCACGCUUAUUGAAAAAUUAUGCUACAAGAAAGAUGCAUCUUUGUUUGGAGUCAGUUCUCACAGCAAAAAGAGACCUCAUAAUAUUAUACUCGGAAGGACUUUUAAUUAUGGUAUAUUAGAUAUGAUAGAACUUGGAGCGGAAAACUUUAAAGCAAUGUCAGAUUUUCAUAACAUGAAAGUGUUGGCCGGUAUAAAACCUUGCCUACUUUUUAACGGACCUGUUUGGGAAUUGAAUCAAGACCUUAAAAGAUUGAAAUCCCUCUUUACUGAUUUCUUCUACAGAGAAAAGGUUGAAUCUGUCAGACUGCAAGGAUUAGAACAUGUGAUUAGCUUUUCAGCAACUGAUGAUGGCACCAUUUAUCUACGGUCUUACAGAAUACAUUUGAAAAAAAGUGGGCAAAGAACUCCAAGAAUUGAACUAGAAGAAAUAGGUCCUUCGGUAGAUUUUAAAUUGCGUAGGACUAAGUUAGCUUCUGCCGAUUUGUUCAAGGAAGCGUGUAGAAUACCUAAAGAAUUGAAGCCAAUUGCUAAGAAGAACCAGUCUACAGAUGCGUUUGGAACUAAACUUGGUCGUAUUCACAUGGGUAAACAGGAUAUUAACAGACUACAAACCCGAAAGAUGAAGGGUUUGAAGAAGUCGACAGAAGAGAAAAAGCAAAUGCUAUUAAAAAAGAAAAUGGCAAAGAAAGAAGCAAAAAAAGGGAAUAUGUUAAAUGCAUAAACUUAUAUUAUCAA